AUUGGCUAUUUCAUCAUAUUGCGUUUGUUUGCCAGUAUAAAACGCACCGCAGAAGCCAGAAGUUAAACCAGAUUUGCAAGGGAAAUAAGUUUCUCAGCGCAGUGACUCAGCCUGUAGGACCCAGCUCACAAUAGCAUUAAAAGAAGGAACCAAUGCCUUGUUUUCCCACAGUACGGGUGAAGUUCAAUCGUGAAUUGUUACUUCGGGAAGCAUCUCUCUCUGUGGUCACAGCUAGUUCUGACUCUUGUAGUCUGCAGCGUGAACUUUUGUUUCUUCCGGACGCUCACAUUCCUCAGCAAAGCGCAAGACCUACUAGAAUCAUUUCUUUAGUUUCUCUCAUGUGGAGCGGAUCACAGCACGAUUCUUAAAAAAUGAACCUGCUAACUUGUUUGCUGGAUUUGCCUUUGGAAAGAUUCCGAGUCAGGCAAGAAAUAGCAGAACAUUGACAAUCCGUGGCCCUUUUCCUCUUUCUGGAGCAAAUAAAAGACCUGAAGCAUCAUGAUGGCCAGUAAAAGAAAUCUUGAUUGCAUAGAUUCCCUGACUUGUAGCAAGAUGCCUCGACUGGAGAAUGAACACAAUGAGUUAUCAACAGCGAUUUGUAAAUCCAGCACCCAGCCGAGUUACAUGCAAGCAAAUUCCCUUAAAUACACCGGAUCUUAUUUAGCAUAUCAUCUUAGAAAUCGAGACGGAACUGACCCCUCAGGAUUCUGGAACCAGUCACAUCCCUAUAUGCAAACCACAAGUAGUCCAUCUGUCCAGUCACAACCUAUUGAAGACGGUCGCCUCAGCAGCCAUUUGUAUCAGACAGAAAGUGAAACUCCUUCUUCAACACUUCAACGAACUGUAAAUGAGAAAGAUAAGCUUGAUUUGGUCAAAGAUCUGAUAAACGUUCGGUCAAAGUGGGUCACUUUUGUGGAACGACAGAAGAGCCUGAGAAACGGUCAGAAUAUUUCUUCUGCAGCUGGGAAACUUAACUUGCUUCCACCUGCAGUCCACAACUGCGGAAAUGUAGCAUUUCCACAACCUGUGUAUAGAAGUAGCAUUUGUUGUUCCGGGGCUGGCUGCUCCUUGGAGAAUUCAGCGGAUCAUCUUCAUAGAAGGGGACAGGACACUGAAUGGAGAAUGGCAGCUCCGGUUACUUCAGCUUGUCCAAUUGCAAACAGCGAUCACUUGAUGAGAACUCAGCAGUAUUGUAAUCCUCUUUUGAAAAAUAAAUCACUGCACCAUGGAUCUAGUCAUACACCGAUUAGCUCCAUGCCCAGAAUGCCCAAGGAAACUAGAAGACUGCCUGGAGUGCCAUCACCCCUGUGCCAAGGGUAUGGUUCUUACAAUAGUAAUGUUCUGCAAGACCUCAGGUAUUCCAUGCUGCCAUACGAAAACUCCAACGGAAAUGUGCCAAAUCAUGCAUCCAUGCACGGCCUCCAAAACCUCCAGAAGCAUCCUUUGCAGCUGUAUUCGGCGAGUGAAGGACCACAGGUACAGCCGCCUUUUUAUUGUGACAAGUCGUCACCCCCAAAGUUCCCCAUUCCCAUUCAGCCAAAAGCUGUACACUCACAAAACACUAUCUUAAAUCAGCAGACUGCAGGUCCCUACUCGCUGUUGCACUCUCGUGGCCUCCGAGCACAGGUGAGCAGGUGUCCGUACCCAGUUCAGGGCACAGGAGGCCGGUUGCCUGAUUCCAGUUCCACGUUCGUAGGGCAGCUAAGCCCAGGGACUCCUUACCCCCACUACUCCGAAUCUCUCGGAUAUCCUGUUCCUCACCCUCCAUUGCAGAAAGGUAUCCCCAUACCAGGUCCUUUGAUUCAUCCCGGGGUAGAAUCCGGAGGGCAGCUGGAAUUGCAGAGUCCCUCCAGGAAAAGCUCAUCCAUAUCUCGCCAAGACCCAGCAAGUGGAAAGCUGCCUCCAUCUGAGACCUUGCACCUCAGGUCACAGGCUACUGUUGACACACAAACAGAGAAGCGAUGUUACAACUCAUUGAACUCGCUUUCCAGUCAUCAGCAGUUGAUAAGUAAACAUAGUGCCUUCCAGCCAGUUAUCUCUGGGAAGCACUUGAAGGGGACAUAUGACAGACCAACCAUCUCCCCUGCAGAUCAAAGACCAAAUGAUAUUUAUGUACACGAACAUAUACCAAGCAUAGAUAUUUUGUCCAAUAGCAAUCACGGUAUAUCAACAUUCAGUAAGGAGAACGAAGGCAUCAAAGCCAAACUGGUCGACUCUGGCCUGGGUAGCCCAUCAAAGUGUUAUAAUAAUAGUCCAAAUAGGAAAGCAUCAGAGAUUAAUUUCCUAUCUGCCUCUUCCUCUCGGGAAGGCAGGAGACUCUCUGCUCCUUCCCCACCUAUGCCGGUUAUUAAUAACGUAUUCAGUUUGGCUCCUUAUAGAUCUUACCUGGAAGCCACGGGUCUGUUUUUCUCCAGAUGUCAGAAAUGUCAGUCAGAUUGCAAUAAAUCUGUGAACUGUUCAUGUUCUUCAGAAAGUAAAACUAAACAUAAUCGCAAUGCUGGAGUCAUCGAUCCAGAUCUGCACAAGCAAAGCCCUGCGAAGCUUUCAAAGGGCAUCACUGAAUUACAAUACAAGGAUGCUGAGUUGAUGCAAAGCAGCUCUCCUCUCUGCACGGGAGCCAGUCAGAAAGAGGGCUCGUCAGGAACGGAACUGAAGAAAGCAGAAAGUGAGAAGAAUCCUGAUACUCAGCAUCAAGACAUUAAUUUGUCUCCUAACCUCAGGAUUCACAAUGUUCCACAUCAGCCAAGUAGCAACUCUGCAGCGGGUGACGAGCCUGAUCAUAACGCUAGAAAAACCGAGGUGACUAAAAUGCACUCUGAGUCAGUGUUAGACCUCAGUAUUAAGAACAAGAAUCAGCCUGUGGCUGUCACUCGGCCCAAGAUCUCAUCUGCUUCUGGAUUGGGGGAAGAUCGAGAAAGUCCUGGAGGAACCAUAAAAGAGAAAGAAGAGAGAGUGGUGUCCACAAGCAAUGCAGAGGGACGAGAAAGUACAGCAGAUGCCACUCAGCGGGCUCCAUCUUCAGUUCCCUGUGAUUUCAGGGAAGAAUUGAACGACAAAGAAGUACCAAGUGAAAAGGAGGAGAAUACUACAGCAGAAUCUCAGAGUAAUAAGAGAAGACAAAGCCCCGGAGCACCAUCUGAGAGUAAUGGGAAAGGAGCAUUGAAAACCUCUGAGACCAGCAAUGUGGUAAACAAUACUGCCCUCACAAUGGAACUGAGUAAAUAUAAAAUACUGAGACCAGCCCCGGCUCGAGUGGAUGGAUCCAAUCCUAUUCAGGCAGCUGGAGACUCUGAUGCCAAAAAGUUAAGUUUGCUUGGAUCAGUUAAUCCAUUGCGAUUAGUUCUGAGACCACUGAAGUUAGUCAUUCCUGAUGAGCUAAAAUUGCCAGUGAGUCCUGUUACACAAUCCAAAAUGUCCCCCUGUGAAACUGAAGUUGGCAUUCCCAGUAAUAACGAAUUAGUGCAGAGUGAGAGUAACACUUACUUCUCCUUUCUGCAUCUUCAUCAGUCCCUGUGUAACAUGAUUGUGCGGUCUGUGGCCGAAACGUCUGAAGAAGUUUUGCGUGGAUGCUUGCAGGACAUUGAGAUACAGAACCAUGGCAAGGAAAAUCCAAAGAUGAGACCUUCACUAAAAUCGAAGAAUACUACUAGAAACGUUGAGGUAUUAAAGAUGUCAAAGUCACAGGACAUUUGGCUCAAUUAUGGACAAAUUCAACCAACUAUGCAAAAGCUGCUCUCCCAUCUGAGAGCCUACCAUUUUACCAGAAGGUGCCCGUUCCCCCAUGUAAUAAGAGCUGGCACAAUUUUCAUUCCAAUAUAUUUAGUGAAGGAGAAACUGUUUUCCAGCGUCAAAGGUGCAAUGAUUGAUCAAGUUUUUCAGGAGCACAAAAUAGAACUGCGGCCAACAACUCUCUCGGAGGAGAAGAUACUGCAGAGUGAGUUGCAUCUUCAGAGAUGUUCCUCCAGAUUAAUCAAGCUGCUCUCCCUGAAGCAGCUGCCCGAAAUCUAUCCAGAUUUGUUGAAUGUUCUGUGGCAUUCUUGUGCAAAAGUCCGCCUCGGUGGAGAAAAUGAGAACACCCUGAAGAAGACUGCCAUCACCCCAAGUCCGGCUGAAAUGGGUGGUAGAAAAAAUAAGUCAGAUCCUGGUUCUGCUAAAAAGAAAAAAGUAGUAAGCAAAACACCAGGAGAAAACCCUCCUCCCAUUAAAGAAAAGCCCAAUGAUGGCGUUACUGUAGCCAAACUUGGUGUAAAACUAAGAAAAAGGCAAAGAAAUGAUAAUAUUUCUUCAUGCACAAAUUCCAGUCCUGUAUGUACUAACUCUAGCAUUGGUACAUCGUCUGGACACAAAGUAAGCCCAUCAUCAGUUGACCAGUCAGAAGAACCUUGCUCCACAGAACCUGAUCAAGAUGCUUCUGCGGCAAAGUUAUCAAAGGAGUCCCAGCCAGCUCCUCGAAAGUUACGCAAAACUACCAGAGAGCUUUUGGACGAAAAGGCUAUUGUGAAAAGUAACUUUGACAAAAAAGGCAGCACUUUGGUAGUUAAGUUGAAUAGAGUAGUUAUUAAAAAUGAUGACAAGGGACCAGACAUUCCCCGCUCUGUAAAGAUCAAAGAAUUACAACCACCAGUAAAGAAAAACAACACUGCACUGAGGCCAACUAGAAGCACAUCUAAAGUGCUCCACCUUCGUGGCUCUAUUGUGCGGCUAAAAUUUCAGAAAUCUGUGAAAGCCCCUCCACCCAGAAACAUAGUAUUGAAACCAUUUACCACUAGAAAGCCUUUAGUGACUCGGAAUUCUCAACGGUUGAAUCAGAAGAAAAGUUUGAAACCUCUACACUUCAAAGAACGUCAGGAGAAAGAGUACCCCAAUUUAGUGGGCAAACGUAUCAGACAUCUGUAUGAGGAAAAUGAUAAAACUGAGUCUUGGUAUAAAGGUGUAGUACUUCGAGUGCAUGAAAAGCACCAGAAUCCUCUAAAGACUGUGUAUGAAGUCAAGUAUGACACUGAACCUGAUUGGCAGUACUACCUUGAACUCUUGCAGGAUUAUGAGAAAGGAUGGCUGAGAGUUGAUGACUGACUUCUUUUAAAAGUAAAAUUAAGAAUUGUCUUUUAAUAUUUGGGGUGACCACUAUAGAAAUUGAAACAAACAACUUGUAAAGGAAUAGCAAUUUUGCAUUUUGUAAGAGAUCUACAACAAGUCUUUUGAGUUUACCUGCAGAAAAUGAUACCUCUACAGCCAUUCAUUCCUUCCUGGCAAAGUAAUGUGUGCUUUGAUUUUAGUUACAACUAAAGCUGUUGGUGUGAGUCUGGGCAAAUAAGAUGUAAUGUCAAAUGUGGAUGAUAUGGUAUACAUGUUUCAAGUUCAAAUUCCUGAACCAAAUUAUAUGAGUAGAAUUACAUGUACAUUAGAUUCUCCUUGUUUUCAAAAGCACAAAGUGCAGAAACAGCCCUUGAUGUGUGCCCCUUGUCUCUGGUGUUUGGUGUGAAUUCUCUUCUCUAGGAUCAUGCAGCCAGAAUCCUGAGCAAAUAUGCAUUUCAUCUGUUUCUUUGGGCUGAAAAUGUUCAGGGAGAUUAUAGUCCCUGAACAAUAUUUCCCAGCAUCACUGGGCUAAUUUACAGUGUAAAAGAUGUGAUUUUAAAUUUCUGGGUAGUACAAACAGGGCAUUGAAAACCAUUUGUGUGUAUCAUGUUUCUUGUAGUUUGGCUCACCAGCCUGGAAUACAAAUUUGUAUUUAAGGUUCAAUAGUACAGAAACAUUUGUAAACUCCUUUUUAACCUCCCUCCCCACCUUUUGUCUUCUGAACAUACAAGUGUGUUGUGCUUUAAUGCAUAAACAGUACUGCCUGUGUUGGUCUUUGGUAGAAUAUAAUUCAAUAACCAAUGAUACAGAAAUAUCAAUUUCAAUAUUUUGUCAUGUUAAGACCAUCUUUUUUACUUGCAGGAAUCACAAUCAGCUACUUAUCAAUAGUAGCAAAUGUAUAUUGACAAGCAUUAUUCUUGCAGUAAACUUGGCUCCCUUUCAUCUGUUGAAAACUAUGCAUGCAUCCUAUUCAUGGAGAUGCAUGUGCUCAUCUCUUUAUUGCUGCUGUACAGACUAAUAACUUGAUGAAUUGAUACCAAUUAAGUAGCAUAGUUACACUGUGGUGUUUUCUACUUUUAAUAACUUACUUUUUAUAUCUUAGUAAGUUAAGGAUGUUGAUAUAGUGUGCUUAAAUGUGAAUGGUAGGCUGAAAGACCAUUGUUACAAACUACUUUGAAUUAUAUACUUUUGUAUAAAGAUUUUAAACUAUUGAAAUUUGUCUCGUUCUUUUGAAUGUAUUUGUAAUGAAGUAUGUUAAAUAUGACUCCAGAAAAGAUGCUUGCAAAUGUACAUUGUCUGUAUGCCAUGGGAUUUGGCAACAGUCAACCUGUCUUGUUUUAAGUAUUUGGUAUACUUUGUGGAUCCCUGCAUUGUAGGCUGCAGUUCCAGGAGUCCCAACAGACUGAUACAAAAGAAUUUUCCUGCUCUUGAGAACGAUGCUGAGCUACAAGAAAACCAAAGAAUAGAAUGACUUAUGUAGUUAUGAUUUUAAGGUAGGUAUCUUGGAAGAUCACCCACACAACUAAUAAAUAAAUGGGUCUUCUAGUCUUAUUGAAGUUUAAGCAGUGCCCAAAGCAUCACCUGUUUUGUUUUUUAUCAAGUAAUUUAAUUGGUCACUUGGAGCAGAUGAAACAGAUUCUUUGUUUCUUUUAAGAUGCUCAAACACUGCACUGCUGGUUGUCCGCUCAAAUAUUUGACACAUUCAGUGUGAUGCUACUACAGUCUGUGAUCUAAGGCCAUGGGACGAGAUGCAGGCAGAGCAGAAGCUGAUGAUUUCAAUAAAGAUUUAUUU